UGGAUCUUUGUUUGACUUGGAAAACGAUCUUCCUGAUGAGCUGAUCCCCAAUGGCGAGUUGGGCCUUUUAAACAGCAGUGGGAACCUUGUUCCAGAUGCAGCUUCCAAACACAAGCAACUUUCUGAACUUUUAAGGGGAGGCAGCGGCUCUUCCUUAAACCCAGGAAUUGGAAAUGUGAACUCAAAUAGCCCUGUCCAACAAGGCGUUGGUAGUCAAGUUCAGGGGCAGCCGAACAGUGCUAAUAUUGGUAAUCUGAGUGCUAUGGGUAAGAGUCCUUUAAACCAGGGAGACUCUUCUGCUUCCGGCCUGGCAAAGCAAGCAGCCAGCACCUCUGGACCUACCACACCUGCGUCACAAACUCUGAACUCUCAAGCACAAAAACAAGUGGGGCUGGUGACAAGCAGCCCUGCAACAUCACAGACUGGACCUGGGAUAUGUAUGAAUACUAAUUUCAGUCAGACACACCAGAGCCUUCUCAACAGUAAUUCUGGUCACAGUUUAAUGAAUCAGCCUCAGCAAGGACAAGGGCAGAUGGCUGGUCACACUGGACUGAACGCAGCACAGACAGGAGCAAUGACUAAAAUGGGAAUGACAGGUAACACUAGUCCCUUUGGACAGCCUUUCAGUCAAACUGGAGGGCAGCAGAUGGGAGCUACAGGAGUGAAUCCUCAGUUACCAAGCAAGCCAGGCAUGGCGAAUAGUUUGUCUCCCUUUCCGGCUGACAUCAAGAGUACUCCUGUCACCAGUGUGCCAAACAUGUCACAGAUGCAAACCCAAGUACAACAAGUGGGCAUCGUACCGACGCAGGCAAUGGCAACUGGACCAACAGCAGAUCCGGAGAAGCGCAAGCUGAUCCAGCAGCAGUUGGUUCUGCUGCUUCAUGCUCACAAAUGUCAGCGGCGUGAGCAGGCCAACGGGGAGGUGCGGGCAUGUGCUCUCCCGCACUGUCGAACCAUGAAAAACGUCCUCAACCACAUGACACACUGUCAAGCUGGGAAGGCCUGUCAAGUUGCUCAUUGUGCAUCUUCGAGACAAAUCAUCUCCCACUGGAAGAAUUGUACUCGGCAUGACUGUCCUGUGUGCCUGCCUUUGAAAAAUGCCAGUGACAAAAGAAAUCAACAACCCCUUUUAGGGUCUCCAGCUGGUGGAAUCCAAAAUUCCAUCGGUUCUGUUGGCACAGGCCAGCAGAAUACUCCAUCGCUAAGUAAUCCUAAUCCAAUUGACCCCAGCUCCAUGCAACGAGCCUAUGCUGCUCUUGGACUGCCAUACGGCAACCAGCCUCAAACACAGUUGCAACCCCAGGUACAAGGCCAACAGCCGGCACAGCCUCAGGCUCACCAGCAAAUGAGGACCAUUAAUGCAUUGGGAGCCAACCAGAUGAACCUUCCUGCAGGAGGAAUAACAACAGACCAGCAAGCUAGUCUAAUUUCUGAAACUGCGCUUCCAACAUCCCUUGGGACAAAUAACCCACUAAUGAAUGAUGGCACAAAUUCUGGCAAUGUUGGAAACCUCAGCUCAAUGCCAACGGCUGCACCUCCUUCUAGUACCGGGGUAAGGAAAGCAUGGCAUGAACAUGUCACUCAGGACCUGCGCAAUCAUUUAGUGCAUAAACUUGUCCAAGCCAUCUUCCCCACUCCUGAUCCUGCAGCACUGAAAGAUCGCCGCAUGGAGAACUUGGUGGCUUAUGCCAGGAAGGUGGAAGGAGAUAUGUAUGAAUCUGCUAAUAGUAGGGAUGAAUACUAUCAUUUAUUAGCAGAGAAAAUCUAUAAGAUCCAGAAGGAGCUAGAAGAGAAACGGAGGUCUCGUCUCCACAAACAAGGGAUGUUGGGGAAUCAACCAGCCUUACAGAGUGCAGGCCCUCAGCCCCCUGGCAUCCCGCAGGUGGCUGCUGCCAUGGGUCAGGCACAGCCCGUGAGGCCGCCCAAUGGGCCUAUGUCCAUGCCAACCGUGCCUAUAAGUCGUAUGCAGGUUUCUCAAGGAAUGAAUCAGUUUAACCCCAUGUCCAUAGGGAAUGUACAGAUGCCACAAGCACCCAUGGGACCCCGUGCAGCUUCUCCAAUGAACCACCCUGUACAAAUGAACAACAUGGGCGCUGUUCCUGCGAUGGCAAUGUCUCCUUCCCGAAUGCCUCAGCCACAGAACAUGAUGGGAGCUCAUUCCAACAACAUGAUGGGUCAGGCUCCUACCCAGAACCAGUUCCUGCCUCAGAAUCAGUUUCCAGCAUCCACUGGGGCUAUGAAUGUGAACAAUGUGGGCAUGGGUCAAUCAACAGCCCAGGCUGGGGUGGCACAGCAGGGGCAGGUUCCCAGUGCUGCUCUUCCCAACUCCAUGAACAUGCUAGGACCGCAGAGUGGGCAGUUACCAUGUCCACCAGUGACCCAGCCACCUCUACAUCAGACUACACCUCCUGUGUCCACUGCUGCUGGGAUGCCACCUAUCCAGCACCAGACACCAACAGGAAUGACUCCUCCUCAGCCAGCAGCACCCACUCAGCCAUCGACACCGGUCUCAUCUUCAGGACAGACACCAACCCCAACCCCGGGUUCUGUUCCAAACGCGACACAGACACAAAGCACACCUACAGGGCAGACCGCCGCACAGGCUCAAGUCACGCCACAACCUCAGACCCCAGUUCAACCCCAGUCUGUGCCAACCCCGCAGCCAUCUCAGCAACAGCCAACAUCUGUGCAGGCACAGCCUCCUGGCACUCCACUAUCCCAGGCAGCAGCUAGUAUUGAUAACAGGGUCCCCACCCCUGCCUCAGUUGCUAGUGCUGAUACGAAUUCCCAGCAACUAGGACCAGAUGCACCAAUGCUAGAAAGCAAAUCAGAAGUUAAAACUGAAGAAACUGAGCCAGAGACUAGUGAGACACAAGUGGAAGCUAAGACUGAGGUGGAGGAGGAUUUACAAGGAUCUUCACAAAUAAAAGAAGAAACAGAUGGAACAGAACUGAAACAGGAGCCAAUGGAAAUAGAAGAGAAGAAGCCUGAAAUAAAAGUAGAUGUUAAAGAGGAAGAGGAGAGCAGCACUAAUGGAACCACUUCACAAUCCACAUCACCAUCUCAGCCCCGCAAAAAAAUUUUCAAACCUGAGGAGCUGCGCCAGGCUCUCAUGCCUACCCUCGAAGCUUUGUACCGGCAGGACCCAGAGUCUCUACCUUUUCGACAGCCUGUGGAUCCCCAGCUUUUAGGGAUUCCGGAUUACUUCGACAUCGUGAAGAAUCCCAUGGAUCUUUCAACCAUUAAACGUAAAUUGGAUACUGGGCAGUACCAAGAGCCCUGGCAGUAUGUGGACGAUGUUUGGCUGAUGUUUAACAACGCCUGGCUCUACAAUCGCAAGACUUCCAGGGUCUACAAGUUUUGCACUAAACUUGCGGAGGUGUUUGAACAAGAAAUUGAUCCUGUUAUGCAAUCACUUGGCUACUGUUGUGGGCGCAAGUAUGAGUUUUCUCCACAGACGUUGUGCUGCUAUGGCAAGCAGCUGUGUACUAUUCCUCGUGAUGCUGCCUACUACAGUUACCAGAAUAGGUAUCACUUCUGUGAGAAGUGUUUCACUGAAAUUCAGGGGGAGAAUGUCACCCUGGGUGAUGACCCUUCCCAGCCUCAAACAACCAUCUCUAAGGAUCAGUUUGAAAAGAAGAAAAAUGAUACACUAGAUCCAGAGCCGUUUGUUGACUGCAAAGAGUGUGGUCGGAAGAUGCACCAGAUUUGUGUAUUGCAUUAUGAUAUUAUUUGGCCUUCAGGGUUUGUCUGUGAUAAUUGCUUGAAGAAAACUGGUAGAACACGCAAAGAAAACAAGUUCAGUGCUAAAAGGCUGCAGACUACACGUUUAGGAAACCAUUUGGAAGACAGAGUAAACAAAUUCUUGCGGCGACAGAAUCAUCCUGAAGCUGGAGAGGUUUUUGUCAGAGUAGUAGCAAGUUCAGAUAAGACAGUAGAAGUGAAACCAGGAAUGAAAUCAAGAUUCGUGGACUCUGGUGAGAUGUCGGAGUCUUUCCCGUACCGUACCAAAGCUCUGUUUGCGUUUGAGGAGAUAGAUGGGGUCGAUGUGUGCUUCUUUGGCAUGCACGUACAGGAGUAUGGCUCAGAUUGCCCCCCUCCAAAUACAAGGCGUGUGUACAUAUCAUAUCUAGAUAGUAUUCAUUUCUUCCGCCCCCGUUGUCUCCGGACUGCAGUUUAUCAUGAAAUCCUCAUUGGAUAUUUGGAGUACGUGAAGAAACUUGGGUAUGUGACAGGACAUAUCUGGGCCUGUCCCCCAAGUGAAGGAGAUGACUAUAUUUUUCAUUGCCAUCCACCUGAUCAGAAAAUACCCAAACCCAAACGAUUGCAAGAAUGGUAUAAGAAGAUGUUGGACAAGGCAUUUGCUGAGAGAAUCAUUCAUGACUACAAGGACAUCUUCAAACAAGCAACUGAGGACAGGCUGACAAGUGCCAAGGAGCUGCCUUACUUUGAAGGUGAUUUCUGGCCCAAUGUGCUGGAAGAAAGCAUUAAGGAGUUGGAGCAGGAAGAGGAAGAAAGGAAAAAGGAAGAAAGUACUGCGGCUAGUGAAACCACAGAGGGAAGCCAGGGUGACAGCAAAAACGCCAAGAAAAAGAACAACAAAAAAACCAACAAGAAUAAGAGUAGCAUCAGCAGAGCUAACAAGAAGAAACCCAGCAUGCCAAAUGUGUCCAAUGAUCUGUCUCAGAAGCUGUAUGCCACUAUGGAGAAGCAUAAAGAGGUCUUUUUUGUGAUUCAUUUACAUGCUGGGCCUGUAAUUAACACUCUGCCUCCCAUUGUGGACCCUGAUCCAUUACUUAGCUGUGAUUUGAUGGAUGGGCGAGAUGCCUUCCUCACCUUAGCCAGAGAUAAGCACUGGGAGUUCUCCUCACUGCGCCGGUCCAAGUGGUCCACACUCUGCAUGCUGGUAGAACUGCAUACUCAAGGGCAGGAUCGCUUUGUUUAUACGUGCAAUGAGUGCAAACAUCAUGUGGAAACAAGGUGGCAUUGCACUGUCUGUGAGGACUAUGACCUCUGCAUUAACUGCUACAACACUAAGAGUCAUGACCACAAGAUGGUUAAGUGGGGCCUGGGUCUGGAUGAUGAGAGCAACAGCCAAGGAGAGCAGCAGUCAAAGAGCCCCCAGGAGUCACGACGACUGAGCAUCCAGCGCUGCAUUCAGUCCCUUGUCCAUGCCUGCCAGUGCCGCAAUGCAAACUGCUCAUUGCCAUCCUGCCAGAAGAUGAAACGGGUUGUCCAGCACACCAAGGGCUGCAAGCGCAAGACCAAUGGUGGCUGUCCAGUAUGCAAACAGCUCAUAGCUCUUUGCUGCUACCAUGCCAAACACUGCCAAGAGAACAAAUGCCCUGUGCCAUUCUGUCUCAAUAUCAAACACAAGCUUCGGCAGCAGCAGAUCCAGCAUCGCCUGCAGCAGGCUCAGCUCAUGCGCAGAAGGAUGGCUACCAUGAACACCCGAAACGUGCCUCAGCAAAGUUUGCCUUCUCCUACCUCAGCAACACCUGGUACCCCUACACAGCAGCCAAGUACACCGCAAACACCGCAGCCUCCUCCCCAGCCCCAGCCUUCCCCUGUAAGUAUGUCACCGGCUGGCUUUCCCAGUGUAUCGAGAACUCAGCCCCCUACUACUGUUUCAACAGGAAAACCUGCAAACCCAGUAUCUGCACCUCCACCUCCGGCUCAGCCUCCACCAGCCGCAGUAGAAGCAGCUCGACAGAUUGAGAGAGAAGCUGCCCAGCAGCAGCAGCAGCUCUACAGGGUCAACAACAUUAACAAUGGUUUGCCUCCUGGUCGCCCAGGGCUAGUAAAUCCGACAGUGGGUUCAGUGAACCAGAUGCAGCAAGUCAGCAUGAAUGUACCCCGGCCCAACCCUGUAAGUGGUCCAGUGAUGCCCAACAUGCAGCCUGGGCAGUGGCAGUCGCCUCCAAUGCCACAGCAGCAACCAAUGCAGCCAGGAAUGGCAAGGCCCGUUAUGCCAAUGGCAACACCACAGGCAGUGGCUGGGCCGCGGAUGCCGGGUGUGCAGCAGCCGCCUCGGAGCAUCCCCCCAAAUGCACUUCAGGACUUACUGAGGACCUUGAAAUCACCAAGUUCUCCACAGCAGCAACAGCAGGUUCUUAAUAUCCUUAAGUCCAACCCUCAGCUUAUGGCAGCUUUUAUAAAGCAAAGAACAGCCAAGUACGUGGCAAACCAGCCUGGGAUGCAGCCACAAGCAGGCAUACAGCCCCAGCCUGGGAUGCAGCAGCCGCAGACCGGCAUGCAGCAGCCAGGCAUGCACGCGCAAGCAGGAUUGCAGAACAUGAACGCGAUGCAAGCAGGAGUGCAGAGACCGAGUGUUCCUCCCCAGCAGCAAGGGAUAGGAGCCAUGAAUCCCCAGGGGCAAGCAAUCAACAUUAUGAACCCUGGCCACAACCCGAGCAUGGCAAACAUGAGUCCGCAGUACAGAGAGAUCCUGAGGCGGCAGUUACUGCAGCAGCAGCAAAAGCAGCAGCAACAACAAGGGGGGGACGACGGAGUGCAGCCCAAAACCCGGUCCCGCCAGCCUCAAGGACCAGGAGUUUCCCCUCAAGCCAUGCAGCAGCAGCGGAUGCAGCAGCAUAUAUCGAUACAGGGGGGUUCCAUGGGACAGAUGGCUCAGAUGGGGCAGCUGAACCAGAUGGGCCAGCCCGGCAUGGGGGCCGACGGCACACCCAACAUCCAGCAAGCACUGCAGCAGCGGAUCCUGCAACAGCAGCAGAUGAAGCAGCAGAUAGGGUCCCCCGGGCAGCCUAACCCCAUGAGCCCGCAGCAGCACAUGCUCUCAGGACAACCGCAGGCGUCUCAUCUCCCUGGCCAGCAGAUCGCCACCUCCCUCAGCAACCAGGUGCGGUCCCCAGCACCCGUUCAGUCUCCCCGUCCCCAGUCCCAGCCACCACAUUCCAGCCCAUCACCCAGGAUACAGCCCCAACCGUCACCUCACCACGUCUCUCCCCAGACUGGUUCCCCCCACCCAGGACUCGCAGUUACUAUGGCUAGCUCCAUGGAUCAGGGACACUUGGGCAACCCAGAACAGAGUGCAAUGCUUCCACAACUAAACACCCCGAACAGGAGUGCGUUGUCUAACGAAUUGUCUCUGGUCGGUGACACCACUGGGGACACACUAGAAAAAUUUGUGGAGGGUUUGUAGCAUUAUGGGAGCAUCACUUUUUUGUUUCGUUUUUUGUUUUUCCUUUCGUGUUCUUGGACAUUUUGUACUGAAAAUUCAGACAUCUGGGUUGUUUUGAAUCCUGGAUGGAACUGCUGCUUCCUACACAUGGAAGAAUGAAUUGCUGUUUAAAAAAAAAAAAAAAAAAGAAAAAAACAAUACAAAGAAUAUAUUUUUUUGUUAAAGCCAGGCGGUUAAAAUAUCUGGUCUCUUUUGUGGGUUUUUUUGGUUUUUAUUUUUUUGUUGCUGUUGACUCAUACCUUUUUUUUAAUGGGGAAAACAAGUUCAUUAUAUUCAUAUUUUUUAUUUGUAUUUUCAAGACUUUAAACAUUUGCGUUUAAAAGAAGAAAAAAAAUAAUAUUCAGAAACUGUUUCCUGAAAUAAUGCAACAUUAUAAUGUAUCCCGGUAACUUUGACACGUUGUGGGAAGAUUUUUGUUUUUCUAUAGCGAACUCUGCAGGCAUUUGAAGUA